GUGUUUGCUUACGAUCACUGCUUUUGGUCUAUGGAUGAAUCUGUCAAAGAAAAAUACGCAGGUCAAGAUGUUGUUUUCAAGUGCCUUGGAGAGAAUAUUCUUCAGAAUGCCUUCGAAGGCUAUAACGCUUGCAUCUUUGCCUAUGGGCAAACUGGAUCUGGGAAAUCAUACACAAUGAUGGGAACUGCUGACCAGCCUGGAUUAAUCCCUAGACUUUGCAGUGGACUUUUUGAAAGAGCACAGAAAGAGGAAAAUGAAGAGCAGAGUUUCAAAGUGGAAGUAUCUUACAUGGAGAUAUACAACGAGAAAGUCAGAGAUCUUCUUGACCCAAAAGGAAGCCGUCAGACAUUAAAAGUUAGAGAACACAGUGUUUAUGGUCCUUAUGUAGAUGGCCUAUCCAAACUAGCUGUUGCUAGCUACAAGGACAUCGAGUCCUUGAUGUCUGAGGGCAACAAAUCUCGAACAGUGGCUGCAACCAACAUGAAUGAGGAGAGCAGUCGAUCCCAUGCAGUCUUCAAGAUUAUCCUCACCCACACACUCUAUGAUGUACAGUCAGGGACAUCAGGUGAGAAGGUGGGCAAGCUGAGUCUGGUGGACUUAGCAGGUAGUGAAAGGGCAACUAAGACUGGUGCUGCAGGAGACAGGCUGAAAGAAGGAAGCAACAUUAACAAAUCCCUCACAACUCUGGGGCUGGUUAUUUCUGCCCUGGCAGAUCAGGCUGCUGGCAAGAACAAGAACAAAUUUGUUCCUUAUCGUGAUUCAGUGCUCACUUGGUUACUUAAAGAUAGCCUUGGUGGUAACAGCAAGACUGCCAUGGUAGCAACAGUAAGCCCAGCAGCAGACAACUAUGAUGAGACCCUUUCAACACUGAGGUACGCAGACCGGGCCAAGAACAUAGUUAAUCAUGCCGUGGUGAACGAAGACCCCAACGCUCGCAUUAUUCGGGAGCUCCGUGAGGAAGUGGAGAAGCUGCGAGAACAGCUCACGAAAGCAGAGGUACCAAUUUUAGUCUUGACUAGCCA